GCUCCCCUUCUCUAUCUGCACCACACAGACGCAACACAUGAUAGGCUACCACUUGGGGAGCGUAUUCAAUUUACUAUAAUCUAUAAUGUAAAAUCUGUCAUGGUGGCUUUAUCGGACAGUUUUCUAUCCCUGGCUGGCUGAAUGAUAACUAUUAUAUACCUAAACGAAUUGUCGACGCGGACUUCCUUGGGAAUAGGACUGACUACCUGUUGCAUUUUUUUUUGCUUUUCAUAUUCGAAUCAUGUGGAAGUGUUGAGAUGAGGACGAAAGUGGAUUUGGUUCCGCGUAUAAAUUGUUAAAUAGUGAGGCUACCGUAGUUUCGUGCCACAUGUUUUUUCUUCGAUGCGUUUAGUUGAUAUGGCGACAGUUGACUCAACUCGAUGAAACUUCAUCGGCGGCGUGUCCCUGUUGAACACGGCAGCCUGAAGACAUCGGUGUCACGCACCAAGAACUGUCAUUGUACAGCCAUCCGUAGGUUAGCCGACGUUGAAAGGAGAGAGAAGAGGAACUUACUUUUAAAAAACAUUUUUAUUACCUCAACUAAAUUAUGACUUCGGUUUGGAAAAGAUUACAACGCGUUGGCAAGAAAGCGUCAAAAUUCCAGUUUGUGGCGUCCUAUCAAGAACUUGUGUUGGAAUGCACUAAGAAAUGGCAACCAGAUAAAGUGAGGGUGGUUUGGACCAGAAGAAAUAGGCGUAUGUGUUCCAAGCUUCAUGGAUGGCAGCCGGGCAUCAAGAACCCAUACAGGGGGAUGGUGGUGUGGCCCGUACCUGAAAAUGUGGACAUCUCCCUCACACUCUUCAGGGAUCCCCAUUCCGACGUGUUUGAAGACAAAGACUGGACGUUUGUCAUUGAGAGCGAGACGAAGGGCCAGCGUAAGGUGUUGGCUUCAGUGGACGUGAACAUGAAGAAGUUUGCCAGUCCCACUCCCACCCAGCAAGACCUGACAUUGAAGCUGAAGCCGCUGUCUGUCAAGGUGCUGGAGGCCACUCUGAAGCUCUCCCUGUCCUGUGUGUUUCUCAGAGAAGGGAAAGCCACUGACGAGGACAUGCAGAGUCUGGCCAGUCUGAUGAGCGUCAAACCCACAGACAUCGGUAACCUUGACGACUUCAACGAGAGCGACGAGGAGGACGACAGGAGGUUCAGUGCUGGAGCUAGCAUUAGCAAAGCGGCCACAGCUCCUCCUGCUCGUCCAGUGCGCCUCCCGGAAAGGAGGCCUUCUCUAAAACAUCCCCCUGUCACAGCGCCUGUGUCUUUUCUGAGUAGUCUCCCGGGGGCUUUGUGUGGCCCUGCAGUGGAUUUGAAGCCCCGGGGUGUUGGUCAAGUGGCCCCCGAUCGGCCCCAGUUUAGACCAGCUGAGCCCCUGGCCUCUGGCCUCUCUCAACACCCCUCUCUACCCUCCGGCCCACAGAGAGGUACCGGAUGCAUGGAAGCUCGCUCAAAUGUCUUCCGUCCUCAGAUUGUAUCGACUCAACAGCGUCCAUCCUCCCCCUCUAUCUUUUCCUCUGCUGCAUCUCUUCAAGACAAAAACACUGCUACUACUGCCCUGUCUCAGGCAGAGCCAUCCCUACCUGAACCUCAGCUCCCCAACACUCCGACAACCUCCAUCCGGCAAAGGGAGUGGGGGAGGCCCAGGCCUGUGUCAGUCCCCAGUGGCCCCUCUGUCUCUGGCCUGUCCCCCUCCUAUUCCUGUCCCUCUCCCAGGGAUUCCAUGGCCCCUGUCCCUCUGCUGACUAGCCCAGACCUGGAUGCUCUGUGUGACCCUCACUGUCCUCCUUACAUCCCGUUCCCUAAGUCCUCACCUCCCGUCAAGUGUCUUUUCUCUCGCAACCCUCCGUCUCCUCGCUCUAACAACCACUGUAAACGUGCCCUAGUCGUUGCCCCUCUCUCUGACCCUCUACCCAAGCCUGUCCCUUUGCUCCCUGCGACUGUCCGUGCCUCUGCUUCUGCAGCUCUCACUGCCUCCCAGUCAGAGAUCCAGAGGGAGUUAAAUACUCUCACAGAAGAGGAAUAUCACAGUCCUGCUACACUUGGGCCGAAACUGUCAGAGCAGCAGAGCCUGUCUGUCUCAAGUGAGACCCUUCCCCUGGCCCUGAACAGAGGGGACGAGUCUCUCCGCUCGCCCAGAACUGCUGGCACCAUCAGGAUCGCCAACCAACAAGCCUCUGCGUCCCUGGAGAGAGACCGGGAGAGCCGACCGGAGUCGAAGAAAGCCGUGGCCUUGAAAGAUGGCGGGACCAUUAAAGGUUCUGGGCAAGAUGGCAGCCCAGCAACUGGUAUCCCUGGCCCUACGCCCACAGAAGUCUCUGAAUCAACAGAGCUUAUUCCAGCGCUCCCUCCUCCAUGGCCUUUCUCUAGCCCGGAGACAGAAGCACCAGAGAGCACUACCCCUAAAGAGCCUUCUACCAACAUCCUGGGAGAAUUUAAUGUUGAUAACCCGCCAUUGGCCGGAAAGAAGUCUGGCUUCAAACAGACAUCCAAUGAGACCAAGGAAGUGCCUUAUCAACCUGCCAAGCCAGAGGACUCUUCUCCCUCGACCCUGGACAAAACGCCUUUUAUUGCAGACAAGCCGCCAUUGGCUGAGCCUGAGCUCGACUUUGAUGACCUAAUCAUAGAGACGCCCGAUCCAUCAGUCACGGCAGGUAACUUGUUUUUGGAGGACAACGCAGGCGAAGAGGGAUCAAAAGCGGACACAAUAAAGAGGUCGCCAUUCAGCAUCUUGAAGACUCAAAUGGAACAUCUGGCUGGAGGUGUUGAACAGGAGGCUGAUGUAAAUUCCACGGCAGGGCCAUAUUCAAAAAUGGCAACAUCAAAAGAGCACAGGCCAGUUGGCACGCAGCUACUCCCAGAGAUUGUAAACAUCACGUGUGAAGACGCAGCCGAGAAGCACGGCAAAGGCCAAGAGAAGCCCGUGGAGAAGAAGCAGGAGAAACAACGGCCGACACCUGAUUUUCCCUGUUUAUAUGACCUCAACAAGUCAGAUGAAGACAAGGAAAUUAUGAAAAACAUGGCUGCCCUGGAGGCUUGUCCUCCCAGUAUGACAUCCACACCAGCUGAGUCAUCCAGUAUUCAUACUCAAGAGCUCCCUCCUCUGGAGAAGAAGCCAAUCAAAGCUAAAAGGCCAUCAUGGGCUGAGGAGAUUAUGGGCUCCAAAGAAGAGGACAAGAAACAGAUGGACAAUCAACCCCAGGAUGAGAAGGCCUCAUUAUCACAAGCUGAUGAGCACAAAUCAGCCCCCCAUGAAGUUCAAGCUAACAGGAGUUAUGAGGAGUCACAUAGUUCAGAAUGGAAUUCAACGGAAGAGGAGGCAGGCAUUUCGGAAGCCCACAGAGGGGAUACUGGCUGUGUUCAGAAAGAGCGUCUCACCUUCCGUCUCUCUUUCAGUUCCUCUGACCACGUGUCAUCAAAAGCGGACACAUUUCCCUUGACAGGCCGUGUCAGUGUAGAUAAAACCAUAGAAAUAGAUUUACUAUCAAAUAUCAGUAAUCCUAUUUCUAUAGUGAAAACCAUGGAUGCCAUCCCAGGAAGCCUAGAGACACCCCAUGUGGCUGAACCCCCUCCAUAUCAAGUUGUUGAACCUAUGGUCCAAUCCAGCUUGACAUUAGAGACCAUAGCUGAGGAUGCAGUGGCGCAGGCAGAGCUUCCCCUCUGGGAGGCCCUGGAGGAGAAUGCUCAGGAUCCGAAACCAGAGCAGGACUCUGGAGAGGAGACGAUCAAAGAUGAAGUCCUCGGAGAGGAACAGGGGAAAGUCGAUGAGAACAUGCUAGUGCCGGGCGUAGAAUCACCGGAGACAGGCUCAGACAAAGCUGUUAAGCCAGAAGCUGGCAUUAGCAGAGAUGAGGGUCACAAGACAAUCACCUCCGAUGAAUCAGAGGUGUUCCAAAUGCCACCUACCCCAGAGCCCACACCCCAGUCUCCUGAAUCACUACUAAAGGAGACUAUUGUAGAGGAGGGUAAAGACAGUGAACCAUCAACUUCACCGUCUACAUCCCCUCGGCACCUCCCCACGAAGGUAUUCAGUAGCUCCACCAUGAAGCGCUCAUUGCAGAUAGACACGCUUGUGUCAUUGGAAGCAGCCAUUCCUCCAGCUGGAGAGUCAGAUGUAAACGAAGAGGACCUAUGCGAUAUGAAGCGUCCUCCCAGCACGGGGGCUGUAGAGGCAGAGAAGCCUCUAUGGGCUGCUUUAGAAGAGAAAACUAAGGAGAAAGGGACAGAGGGAGUAGGCAUGAGCACAUUGGAGGCAACAAAGAGUACCUUGCAAACAGGCCCAUCUGGACAGGGAUCUGUAGCAGAGAUCCGCUUGACUGAAUACCUAGAGGACACUCCCCUCCCAUCUCCCUCCAAGGAAAAUAGAGAAAUGGACAUUUACUUUGACUGUGACAGUUCAGUGGAAUUGUACACGCCAUCAAAGGAGGAGGCACCCAUUCGCCUUCCUAAGAAGAAGAAAUUAUACCUGGAAAAAUGUGCUGUUGUCAACACUGAGAGUGAAGAAGGUGAACGUGAGUCUGGUUCCUCCGUGGUCGGCUCAGGACAAGCCGACAAUGAGCAGCAGCUAGAUCCGGUGUGGAAGAAAAGUUCCGUGGACGCAUCAGAUUUAAGUACAAGAGAAGAGUUGGAAGAUAUGCAGGUUUUGGGGAGGCUGGCGCAGGUUCCCGUAGCUGUACAGGAGGAGGGUCUUGAUGUUGAUGUCUUCAUGAGAGCAUUAGUGAGGGCCAUGUACAGAGGUUAUGAGACUGUGACUUCAAUACUUCAGCCAUCUGGCCUAAUGAUGUCUAAUGAUGAAGUAGGAGAACCAGACUCAAGACCACUUUCUCCAUCUGAGUUUGAGAUCCUACCACCUGAAGCCUUUUCUGAUGCAUUAGAGGAACUCCCAGUCAUGGUCACAGACUCAUCACCGGUCCAGUUGGCCCACAAGAAUGAAACGACUGAAGAGACUGGCAGGCUAAGCUUAGUGGAGACUUUGUGUUUAGCUGCUGUGGAGCAAGAGAUGUUCAAGGACCCAAUCACCAAAAUUGAGCAAGAGGUCAAAACUCUGAAGGAGUCCACCAAAUCACAUAAAGAGACUACCAAACUGCUGAAGGAGAACACAGAACCACUGAAGGAGAGCACAGACCCACUAAAGAAGAACACAGAACCACUAAAGAACACAGAACCACUGAAGCAGAGCAUGGAACCACUGAAGGAGAGCACGGAACCACUGAAGGAGAGCACGGAACCACUGAAGGAGAGCACGGAACCACUGAAGGAGAGCACGGAACCACUGAAGGAGAGCACGGAACCACUGAAGGAGAGCACGGAACCACUGAAGGAGAGCACGGAACCACUGAAGGAGAGCACGGAACCACUGAAGGAGACGAACACUGCGAAGGGUAAACCAGAGAAGGAUGUUCGUCCACCUGUGUUACCACCUGUAGAAAACGAAAAGGAUGCAAAAAGCUGUACAGAUGAUUUCCCACCACUGAGAGAAGCAGAGCUGGAUGAAAUAGCUUAUGAGAAGUGCUUGGAAGACAAUGACGACGACGCCACCCCUAUCGUUAACUACACUAAAGCCCGUAAAGAGACAGUCAAGGGAAAGACCAAGACAGUGUUCAUGCCUGACAGCGAUUCAGAUGAGUUGGAGUUUGAGAUGGGGCAGGAGGAUAUAGGCACAGUGUGGCUAGCAGAGUUGUACAUGGAUGCAGGUCGAGCGGUGUUCUCUUCUUCACCACCUGCUCCGCACGAGGUCAACCGCCCUGAUAGUGUGUCCACACAGCAGGCCACAUCAGUGGGGUCCCACCCUGCAGGACCUAUUACUGGAACCAUUGAACUGGAGCCACUUCCCCGUCGUCGCAGCAACAACAAAAAAAGCACUCCUCCAGUGCCUCUUCAGGAAGUAGGCCCAGAGAGAUUUAGUCAAGACACGGCACCUGUUGCCAGUUGCCUGGCUCCACCAAAGCGAAUCAAAAAGAAAACUGUUCCACCACCCGAUAAUACGGAUAGUGAGGCAAUAGCACGAGAGAGCAGCAAAUUUAUCUUAAUAAAGGAGACUUUUAACACUGACGCUAAAGAGGAAGACAUUCCAAAACCACUAAUCCUCGCCAUGGAAACGACUUCUUCCGAUAGCAUUCUGGUGACAGCCAGAGAGAAGGGAGCCAAUGACGAGCCUCAUCUAGCAAAGGAGGGUGAUGAUGAGAAAGAUGUCCCAGAGAAAGAUGUCUCUGUCAGCUCAGUGGUCCCAUGGCCUCUACGGCCCUCUCGACCUGGAACACCUACUACAUGUCCCAAGGUCCCUCACGUAAUCACCACGGAACCCCCCAAAGAGGACCUAAGCCUAAUUGAGGAGGAAAUGUUGCUGCUGGCUAAGAUUAGUCAGAUGACAGGAGAAGAGCCAUCAGAUGUGCCUGUGUUUGUGCCUGUGCCUGCCACGCGCUUCAGGAAACGCCUGAUCCCCUCCUUCCAUGAGGACGACCCUUUUCUGAACCCAGAAGAUCUCCCAGCAUCCAAGGCCAGUGAGGAACAAGAGACUCCGUUACCAGCGAUCCCUCAGGAAGCCAGUCUAGACAGGCCUGAGCCAAACCUCCUAGAUCUAGAUGGAAGGAAAGGGUGGCAGGAAAUCAUUAGUGAGCCCUCCACCGUAACCGCCUCCUCCUCAAAUCGUAGCCCAUCAGAAACUAUUACUGAGGUUAAUCCGGUGGUGGCAACCACUGCGGGUAUGACAUCAUCAGACUCUGCUGUGAACUCGACAGUCCGUUCAAAGGAGCCAGCGGAGGUUGAGGAAAGUAUCCCGAUGACAGAGACGGUGACAGAUGGGGUACCUGUUGACACAGGGUUGAAAGUAGACAGCGGUGCGCUCUCUACAGUUUACCGUGUCCCUGCCCAAGAGGAGCGCCUGUUAUUGACUGAAACCGGGGCAACAGUCCUCAUUGGGAAGGUGCCCGAAUCAGGGGUCGAGGAGGAGGAUGGUCUUGAGAUAGAACAGGAUGCUACUCUGUGCACUGUAGAUACACCAGUGGACGGGGUGGAUGAACAAUCUGAGACGGCUGAGGGGGGAAAGACGUCCGGUGACCUGGCUGUCCCAACGAUAUGCUCAGCCACCCUGCCAUCCGCACCAGACACCACAACCCAUAGGAACGACCAGCUCCCAGCCACCAGCCCAGGCAGUGAAGAACCACAGUCCAAUGGACAGACCCCAGCAGAUAAGGGGGUCACCUCUGGUCAAGCGUCGGACACGAUUGUACCUCCCCGUCGCAGCAAGAAGAAAACCCUUUCCUUUCCCGUGGUCCUUCAGGAAGUUGCCCCGGGGUCCUCCGCUACCACGGCGGACAAGGAUGAAGCCGAUACGAAAGAUGUGCUAGUCCUCAGCCGACAGGAGAUGUCCGGUCCACUGCCCAGUCCCGGGCUGGUCACCUCCAGCAAGUCUCUGCUGGAGUGGUGCCAGGAGGUUACGAAGGGGUAUAAGGGAGUGAGGGUCACCAACUUUAACACCUCCUGGCGUAAUGGCCUGGCUUUCUGUGCCAUCCUACACCACUUCUAUCCCGACAAGAUAGAUUUUGAGGCACUGGAAACCAACGACAUCAAGUUAAACAACAAGAAGGCCUUUGAUGGCUUUGCCGCGCUGGGCAUCUCCCGUCUAAUGGAGCCCUCAGACAUGGUACUGCUCUCUGUGCCAGACCGCCUGAUCGUCAUGACUUACCUGAGUCAGAUCCGCACCCACUUUACGGGGCAGGAGCUGAGUGUUCUUCAGAUAGAGCACAACAGCAGCCAGUCCAGCUAUGCAGUGACUGAGCCCAGUCAGGGUUCUGACGUGGAUGCUGCUGCUCGCUUCUGUGCCCGCAAGCUACAGGAAGGUAGCAUCUCCCUGGAGGACGGUGCGACAGAACAGGCCUCUAAGCCCAAUGGGAGCCUAGUGCCACCGCCUCGGACGAAACGGUUGACAAAGGGGGAGGAGAAGGGGAGCGGAGCUGGGGGUUUGGAAGGGGGAGCGGGUGGAUCACAGACCCCAGUGCCUCCACCCAGGUCACACGCCUCUGCAGUGAAAUCCGGAUUUGGUCACGUGAGAGAUGCUGACCUGGUGAAGAAAAGGCGCUUGCGGCUGAAGAGUGAGUCUAUGGAUGAAGGGGAUGGGCUGGAGCAACAGAGCAGCACAUCCAAGAGCACAGAGUCAGCUGAAAGUGUAUCAGACAGAGCAGUGAAGAACGGCUCCUCAGAAUCAGAGACAAUGAGCCCAGUGCCUGUCCAGGAGUCCAGUGUCUCAAGCCAGGAGGAGGAUACUCUGCAUCUGCAGGACACCAGUCAGUAUGUGCUGAGUGAGCUGCAAGCCCUGGAGACUGAACAGAAGCACAUCGACAACCGAGCAGGCGUCGUGGAGAGGAGACUCAGAAGACUGAUGGAAUCAGGUAGCGACCAGGACGAGGAAGAGAAGCUGAUCCAGGAGUGGUUCACUCUGGUCAACAAGAAGAAUGCCCUUAUAAGGAGACAGGACCACCUGGAGUUGCUGCAGGAGGAGCAGGACUUGGAGAAAAGAUUUCAGCUACUGAAUAGAGAACUCCGAGCCAUGAUGGCCAAUGAAGAGUGGCAGAAGACUAAGGCCCAGCAACACCGGGAGGAGCUCCUGCUGCAGGAACUGGUCUCUCUGGUCAACCAGCGGGACGAGCUGGUCAGAGACAUGGACGCCAAAGAGCGAGGGGCCGUUGAGGAGGAUGAGCGCCUGGAGCGGGGGCUGGAGCUUAGACGCAGGAAGUUCAGCAACAAAGACAAGUGUGUGCUACAGUGAGAGAAGGGACGACAAUGACAAAUACCAACCCAUCCAGGAACUAAGCCUCCACAAUCCCUGCUUCAUACCAAGCUCUCACUCACUCAGCAUCCUACAGUAUGAAACACCCCUAGGAACCUGCCACCCCAGCAACAAAUCCAAAGCCCUCUGCACCGAUGGGAUGAUUGUCAAGCAGUGUUUUCUCUCCUUAACUGGGAUUUUGGGACUGGUCAUUAAUGAUCAAUUACGUCCCCUGGGACGCUGGAGCUGUGUGCCUUCCCCUUUGGAGAUACUUGAACCAUAUUUCCCCCUGUUCGGUGAAGGUCCCUCAUCCACUUCAAACUUUUGAUUGAAAAAACGAGGACCUCUACAGUUGUCAGUCAAUAUGCCUUACUCUGUCAUUCAGUAGACAGAAAGCCCACUGUACCAACAGAUGUGUAUGUGUGUGUGUGUGUGUGUGUGUGUGUGUGUGUGUGUGUGUGUGUGUGUGUGUAUAUAUAUAUAUAUACCUUUAGCCCGCCAAGAAGAUAAGUGGUUCCGUAAUUAAGUGCCUACUCUCACAUCUGUAAACAUGUCAUUGAUCUUAUCUGGUCCGACAAUAUACGAUAAUCAACUAUAUUAGAUAGUUUGUUCUUUACCUUAAUGCUUUGGUGGAACUGGCUAUUAAAAGAACGGUCUGGUUUCGCACAAAAUAUUAAAAGGGCUCUGUACACAGGAGGACUGACCGUUCUGUGUUUUACUUUGGACCCAGAUGUUUGACGACAGACUCAAGUUUGCGAGAGUACCACGUAUUGAGCUUUUCUGGUGUCGAAUGUGUUUUCAAUUUUCAAUCCUUCUUUUAUUUAUGGUUUGGACAUUUUGCAUGAGAAAUGUUUGGGUUCGGUGUGUGUCAUAUAUGAACAGUCAUCAAUCGACCCCGAAAUGAAAGGAAAAGAGGACAGUGAACAAAACGUGAGACUUUAGUUGUAGAGAGAAGCUAGUAGUACUACUUGGAAUGGUAUUUAUUGUCCUGUAUGUAUUCCAAGUAGUACUACUUGGAAUACAUACAGGACAAUAAAUACCAUCCUGUAAAUAUUCAUAUUUAUACUCUGUUAUAACCUGGCACUGCAGUUCUUUUCAUGUUUUUUUGUUUGUUAGCAAAGACCUUGUAGUUUCACAUUUCUAUUAUCACAGAUGAUGAUGAUGAUGAUUUUGUUACUAACCACUAGUCCAACGGAAAAUGCAACUUUGUCCCAGCCUCUUUUUAAAAAGGACAUUCGAACACGAUAUGUUUUGUUUAAACCAGGGAGUGAUAAAUAAUACAUUUUUGAAGUUUAAAAAGAAAAUUGGGAGUUUGUUUGAAUAAGUUUCCUCUAAUUUGUUGUCAUCUUUGUGGUACUUGUUCACUUUAUUUUCAUGGAGGGAUGUCAUUGUGUUCUGUGAAUGAGGAGUCAUUUCUCAAUAUCUAUAUUAUCGUGAUCGUGUGCUAUUAUACUGAACAGAAUAUAAACUCAACAUGCAACAAUUUCAAUGAUUUUUAACCGAGUUACACUUCAUGUGAAAUAAAUUCAUUUGUAAGUCGCUCUGGAUAAGAGCGUCUGCUAAAUGACUUAAAUGUAAA